CUAUAACUUUCACCAAAUCAUCUCUACUUCGCCUCCAAGUCGUGGUGCACGAUUGUCCAACGUUUUCGUAUUGCCAUCGGUCUUCAGCGUGUCUAUCCCACGUGUAUUCUGGUUUUGGAAGGCGCCCAGCACUGUUUUAUUCUCUAAAUUUUUGAAAAUUUGUUUCCCGCAUACUACGCGAAAGCAUGUCGAAGAGGCACAGGUUAGAUAUCGGCGAUGAUCACAAGAAAAAAAGGCGGUCAGAGCACGACAGGGAUCGAGACAGAGAUUACGAUCGUAAAUCUGAUAACCACACUUCUAUCCCGAUCCCAAAGCCUGCAUUGCCACUCAACCCUCUCACUCAACUUCCAUAUACACAAAGAUAUUAUGACAUUUUGAAGAAGCGGCUCGGUUUACCAGUGUGGGAAUACAAAGAAAAAUUCAUGAAAUUGCUAGAAAAUCAUCAAACACUUGUUUUGGUUGGGGAAACAGGUUCUGGAAAAACUACUCAAAUUCCUCAAUGGUGUGCAGAGUAUGUUAGAACAGCAUGUGCGGUGUCUACACGAAAGGGUGUUGCUUGUACACAACCGCGUCGUGUGGCAGCUAUGAGCGUUGCUCAGCGUGUGUCUGAAGAAAUGGAUGUCAUGAUUGGCCAAGAGGUAGGAUAUUCUAUUCGUUUUGAAGACUGCUCAUCUCAACGCACUAUUUUGAAGUACAUGACUGAUGGUAUGUUGCUCAGGGAAGCAAUGGCCGAUCCAUUGAUGGAGCGUUACAAUGUUAUUUUGCUAGAUGAGGCUCACGAACGUACAUUAGCCACUGAUAUUCUCCUGGGUGUUAUAAAAGAAGUCACAAAGCAACGUCCGGACCUGAAAAUCGUUGUUAUGAGUGCCACUCUUGAUGCGGGCAAAUUUCAACAUUAUUUUGACAAUGCACCAUUGUUGAGCAUCCCAGGUCGUACACAUCCUGUUGAGAUUUUUUACACACCUGAGCCAGAACGUGAUUAUUUAGAAGCUGCUAUUCGAACCGUUAUCCAGAUUCAUCUUUGCGAAGAAGAGGAAGGCGACAUCCUUAUGUUUCUUACUGGCCAAGAAGAAAUUGAUGAAGCAUGUCGACGAAUAAAAAAUGAAAUCGACAAUCUUGGGUCAGAAGUUGGAGAUGUCAAAGUGAUACCACUAUAUUCCACCCUUCCCCCGCAACAACAGCAGCGUAUUUUUGAAAGUGCUCCUCCCAAAAAACCAAAUGGAGCUAUUGGAAGAAAAAUCGUCGUAUCGACUAAUAUUGCAGAAACAUCUUUGACAAUCGAUGGAAUUGUCUUUGUCAUAGAUCCUGGAUUUUCCAAGCAAAAAGUUUACAAUCCUCGUAUUAGAGUUGAAUCGCUUCUGGUGUCUGCUAUAAGUAAAGCCAGUGCACAACAGAGAGCAGGACGUGCUGGUCGAACAAGACCUGGAAAAUGUUUUCGUCUUUACACUGAAAAGGCUUAUAAAACAGAAAUGCAUGAAAAUACAUAUCCUGAAAUUUUACGUUCCAAUCUUGGCUCUGUUGUUUUACAGCUCAAAAAGUUGGGAAUCGAUGAUUUAGUACAUUUUGAUUUUAUGGAUCCUCCUGCUCCAGAAACCCUCAUGCGAGCAUUGGAACUACUCAACUACUUAGCUGCACUCAAUGAUGAUGGUGAUCUUACUGAACUUGGAUCAAUCAUGGCUGAGUUUCCUCUCGAUCCUCAACUUGCAAAAAUGCUUGUUGCUAGUUGUGACUAUAACUGCUCCAAUGAAAUUCUCAGCAUUACUGCCAUGUUGUCUGUCCCACAAUGCUUUGUCCGACCAAGCGAAGCAAAAAAAGCUGCUGAUGAAGCGAAAAUGAGAUUUGCUCAUAUUGAUGGAGACCAUUUGACUCUACUUAAUGUUUAUCAUGCAUACAAGCAAAACCAAACCAAUAAUCAGUGGUGUUAUGACAACUUCAUUAAUCAUCGAUCGAUGGCAUCAGCUGACAAUGUGCGACAACAAUUAGCACGAAUUAUGGAUCGAUUCGCACUACCUCGUAGAAGUACUGACUUUGCUAGUCGUGACUAUUACAUCAAUAUUAGAAAAGCACUUGUUUCAGGAUUUUUUAUGCAAGUUGCUCAUCUAGAAAGAACAGGUCACUAUUUAACAGUUAAAGAUAAUCAAGUUGUCCAGCUACAUCCUUCAACAUGCCUUGAUCACAAGCCCGAAUGGGUUCUAUAUAAUGAGUUUGUAUUAACGACAAAGAAUUACAUUCGCACCAAUUCUGAUAUUAAAGCUGAUUGGUUAAUCAAGAUUGCACCACAAUAUUAUCACAUGGACAACUUUCCCCAAUGUGAAGCGAAACGUCAGUUAGAAAGACUUAUAGCGAAACAAGCUGCUAGGGAACGUGUAUCUGCUGAAUGAUUCAUUAAUAACAAUAUGUGAAAUGUAACUAUCAUUCCUAGACAUUAGCCACAUAAAUGUAUGUGCUCAUGAACUCUUGUGGUGGUGAAAGUUGUAUAUGUGUGAGUUUGCUCAUACAAUGUAAGGAAGAUAUGAAUCAGGGGAAUUUCUUAUGUUUGAACCAAAUUUCACACAGUUUGUGAAUUUGAGUAUUGGCUCAAAAUGUCUGGAAAAACAAACGCAUUAAAUGGAAGGUCUCUCAUACUAUCUCAUACUGUUAAAACUUCGAAACAAAACAGGCUGCUUGAUUUUCUCAUGUUUUUGUCUUUCAGAGUUUUCUACAAGAUAUUGUUACUUUUGUGAAUAUGUUCCUUGUGUUAUAUUAUUGAUUGGAGAAAAGUUUGAAAAUAAUUUAUAUUUAGCAUCCCAAACCUUCGAAAACCUAAAAAUUGUGGGUGUUGGUUAUGAUAAAUUCUGACUAGAUGUGCAAAGAAGCAGUAUUGUAGAAAUCUGAAGUUUGUACUUUAUCACUGAGGUUAAUUUUUUUCACCUAACUGGCGAAAAGUAAGACUAUUUUCAGACCUCCAUUUGUUUCCUCUCAACCAGAUUCAUUGCUUUCAAACUCUUUCAAGUAACUACCUAUACAUGGCCUCACAAUUGCAAAUUGGAAAAGUUUGGAUGAUAUUUAUUUUGUGAUUUCAGCCAUAAUUUUCUUUUCUGUAAUUACAGUAUGCUUCUCUGUCACAGCAAGUUUUUAUAUGCUUUCAUAAUAAAAGUUGUGUUGAUAUUGGAACUACUUAGCUUUUAUGCUAUUCUUUCAUUUAACCAGAAGCACACACGAGUCAAGGUUCAUCAUGUAUCAUAUUACUGACCUAACCGCCUCUUUUUAACACAUCAAAUUAACAACACUACAGUUCCACCCCUUUUUGUAGUGUUGGCAAGUAUUUCUACAAAGAAAUUUAGAACAAUGUUCCACAUGUAUGAUAUACCUGUACAGAGGCAGCAGGCAAUUAUGCCCCUUUCUGUCCUAUUGAAUCCAUGGUUUAUGUUUUUGUAAUUUGGUUUUCGAUGCCAUUGAUGAUAAUUUGGGUUAAAUUCAAGUUUGUUAUUCAGGCUUUGAUUAUUGAUAGUGAAUUAUUAGUUAACAUUAUGUCUAUUUUGAGAUAAAAAGGGUAUAUAUUGAAUCAUAGUGCUAUAGAUGGAAUGUACUUCAAAUGCAAGUUUAAUCUGUGAGAAAUAUCAGACAUAGCAAUGGGUCUGGUGCACCUCAGUACUAUUGGUCACAAGCUCAAAUGGAAACAUAAAAUACUAAUUCUUGUCUAUCUGAAUGUGAUUGUUAUAAGUCAGAAGUGCUUGGUUGUAGUGGUGUACUAAAUCGGUUAUUUCUACUUUCACCAUUACCAUUGUCAGAUAUUUGUUGGAUUAUGCAUGAACAGGCUCUGUUGAAAUGUUAUCAUUCGAAAUUCAAUUUGAAAAAUAUACUUGAAAUUGGCAAUUACAGUAUUACAAAAAUAUGGUUACUUAUUUGUUUUAUUGAGUUAAAAUUUGGCUUCGGGAAUGUUUUGGUUCCUAGGAUUGUAUUCUGAAGUUGAUUGCAAAAUGCGAAAUUUAAAUUGUCAGAUUUUGUAGAUAUCAUUUUUUGCCUGGUAAAUUUCCUGUCAAAAUUAUCAUUUUUGUGCCUGUAGAAGACAAUUUUACAGAAAAAAAAACAGUAAUUUUAUUUGUCUGUAUUCCAUACACUUUUAUGAAUUUCAAUUCAUUUUCUAGGCUGCCAUACUUUUGCAAACUGUAUGUAUGUAAAUGUUUUGUUUCAUAACUUAUGAACAUGAUUUAGGGUGAAAUAAAAUUUACUAUUGAUAGUGGUAAUAUUUUACGCCUUAUGUUAUAUAUAAUGUUUUGUGCUUUUUUUCAUAUUAGA